CAACGCAAUAAAAAGUCUCACUCCAAUUUAUUUUCUGUGCACAAAAAGUAGCAGACAGAUGAGCAAUUCGGCAACACUAAUUGGUAAAUUGUCAACGUCAAAUCAACACACAAACAGCUCUAUGUUCAGAGAACGUAAAUACUACCCUGCUGUGUCCAAAUGCAAAUUUGCGGAAUUUGCUAAAUUUGCUAAAUUUUAAGAUUUUACCGAAUUAACUGACAAAUAGUUUUAUGAAAUUUUAUAAAUAAUUCCGUCAAUAUGAGUGAAGAAGUAGAUACUGAGGAUGUUAUGCGUAUAUUGGUGGCUACUGAUAAUCAUUUGGGCUAUGCUGAGAAGAAUGCUGUGCGCGGAGAUGACAGUUUUAUAACUUUUGAGGAAAUUCUCGAAAUGGCAGUGCAGGAAGAUGUUGAUUUUAUACUCCUUGGUGGUGAUUUAUUCCAUGAUGCUGUGCCUAGUCAAAAUACACUACACAAUUGUAUGAAAUUACUCCGUCGUUAUACAUUUGGUGAUAAACCAAUUAAUAUUGAAAUGCUUAGCGAUCAAGCGGUAAAUUUUCACAAUGCUGUUAAUGAAACAGUCAAUUAUGAAGAUCCAAAUCUUAAUAUAGCCAUACCAGUAUUUUCCAUACAUGGCAAUCACGAUGACCCUAGUGGUUUUGGACGUCUCAGCUCGCUAGAUUUACUCUCGACAAGCGGUUUAGUAAAUUAUUUUGGUCGCUGGACCGAUUUGACGAAAGUAACUAUUAAUCCGGUAUUAUUGCGUAAAGGUCAAACUCAAUUGGCACUCUAUGGACUAAGCCACAUACAUGAUGCUCGCUUGCGUCGUUUAUUUGAAGAUUUUAAAGUAAAUAUGGAGGUGCCUGGUACAGAGGAAGGUGAAUGGUUUCACUUAAUGGUCUUGCAUCAAAAUCACGCUGAUCGUGGCCCAAAAAGUAACAUACCCGAAGAAAUGUUGCCCGAUUUUUUGCAUUUAAUUAUUUGGGGUCAUGAACACGACUGCCAUAUAAACCCCAAUUUUAAUGCUACACGUAACUUUUAUGUCAGCCAACCGGGCUCUUCUGUUGCAACAUCGCUGGCCGAGGGAGAGGCGCUCAAGAAAUAUGUUGGUCUUUUAGAAAUACAUAAAACACGUUUUCAAAUGAAACCAUUACCUCUACAAACAGUGAGACCUUUUGUUUUCGAUUCGGUCGAUUUAGCGCAGUUAACAGAAGAACUGAAAUUGGAUGAAGGCGAUGUCACGAAUAAAGUUAUUGCUAUGGCAAAGGAGAGAGUUGCAGAUAUGAUAGUGCGCGCAAAAGAACAGUUAACUGGACAUCCAAAGCAACCUAUUCUGCCGCUAAUACGGCUACGUAUUAUAUUUUCCAGUGAAGAGCAAAUGUUUAAUGCCAUACGGUUUGGUCAAUCCUAUAAUGAGCAGGUGGCUAAUCCAGCUGAUAUGAUACAUUUUAAAAAAGUAAUAAAGCGUGUUAAGGGCGAAUAUAGCGAUGCCGAUAAGGAGGCUCUACGUGGAGCUUUAGAUAGCAUACAAGUUGACACGAGCAGUGAAAUGAAUAUUGAGAACUUCAUUGAGCGUUAUUUUCAAGAAAUUCCGGCCAAACGUCGACUGAAAGUUCUAACACCAAAAAUAUUAUCCGAAAUUUGUAAUCGCCUUGUAGAAAAGAAUGAUGUAAACGCAGCUGAGGGCAUUAUAAAACACUGCAAAGAUAGUGCCUUAGAACACUUGCUGGAGACGCUGCCGGCUGAUGAUAAAGUCGAAGAGUCGUUGGAAGAGUUCAGUAGGAAACUAUCUCUAGAUGAUAUAAUAAAUCGGCUUGAUAAUCUUGGCUCAAAGGUAAAAACAAACACCAGCAGCGUCUCUUUAACAAACACGCUUAGCAAGAGCAAACAGUCAAUAGAUGUCGACCAGAAUAGAAGUAGUAGUGACAGCGACGCUGAGCCGCUCGUAAAAAGAUCGACUAAUAAACAAACUAAAGCGUCAACUAGCUUCUUCUUAGACGACAGUGAAGGUAGUGACGUGGAGAGUGCACCAAAGACAACUAAAAACACUACAACCACUCGUGGUAGAAAAACUGCCGCAAAAGCUGAAAAAAGCUCUAAAGCCCCUACUGCCCGCGGUCGUGGCAGAGGACGCGGCCGAGGUGCUGCAGCAACAGCAUCAACGCGAUCCACACGCCAGGCGUUAGAUGUGUCAAUAAACUCUACGCGCUCCUCACUGUUGGAUUCAUUAGCUAAUGCGCGUGCAAAGCGUGGUGGUAAGGCCGCUCAGGUUAUUGAUAUUUCUGAUUCUGAUUAAUUUUGUGUAAAUUUGUCUAAAAUAUAUUUUUUAUCUAUUUAAUACCUCA